GGUAAACAUGGAGGCCGACCAGUUGAAUGGAUGGAGGCAGCUGGAAUGGAGGUCAGACUAUGGGAGCAGAUGUUGGAGAGACCAAAUUUAUGGGUUGAAGGUUCCAUCAUGCUCAGACCUGCCAUGGAUAAGCCUAUCUAUUCUUCAUCCAUCACAGAAUAGAGUUUAUACCUUCAUUUUUAACUUAACUAAUGUAGAUUCUUGACAGUGGAAGUGAAUGUUGAUUUUGCUAAAUUAAAUAUUUGGUAUCGUUUCAGAGGCUAACAAAAUGAGGCUUUGUAAUGGACACAACAAUAAAAUCAUCCCUUUGAUCAUGUUCUUGUUGAGGGUUUGUUAAUAUUGGCCGGCCUUCCUGUGUGUCUUUCUAAGUGUUAUCCUAGCUUUAAGCUCUGUUAACAAAUUAUCUCAAAGGAUUAACCAAAAAUAUAUCUAGCAUUGAUUUCAGGCAUAUUUAUAUACUAUACCUAUAAAAUUUACUAUAUGGGCCUACUGCAUCAUACCUUGUCACCGUGCUAAUGUCUAAUAUACUGAAUAAUGAUUCGUUUCUCAGAUAACAUGGCAGUGUCAUCUUAUUUGAAUUCAGUCAUGUUCUCUCUUAGCCCCUCUGAUGAUACUGAUCUCAGUGGUGACUUCAACACUUGUGUCAAAGAGAUUCUCUUCUGAUUUACACAGCUCUUGUUUAAGAUUAAAGCUUUUCUGUAUUGAAAGAUUUAUGUACAUCAGAUGUGUUGACAAUGAGUUCUUGUUCCUUCUAGUGUCAAGUAACUACACACAUACAAAAACAUUUCAUUGUCCAUGACUACAUCAUUGAAACUUGUCAUGACCUUCAUUGCCAGAUAACCAUAAAUGACAUUCCUGAAUUAUUUAUUUAAAUUCAUGAAAAAAUUAUUCAUUGUACUGUAUGUUCCUAAUUUUGUAAAGUCUUAAGGAAAUUAGUAAUUUUAUAAGUGAUAUGAAAUCAUUCUCUCCAUAUACAGUAAUCUAAUUUUCAUCCAGUCUUUAAAUAUUGCCUCUGGAGAACAUAAUGGCUUAUGGCCAUAGUGUGGCUUUUACCAAAGACUGUAUUGAGAACAACGAACUUAAGCUCAUUUUAUAAAGCCAUUCUUGAUGUGACUGAAAAAGUAUUAGAUUUCAUUUCCAUCAUAUGUAAUUUCAUUGAUCUCAAGAAAGGUUUUGGAGUUGAGAACUUGAAAACAAGAGCGAGUUUAAUGUGAAUGUGUUGAGCGUAAUGCUGAAUGUCUUGCUUUUUUUUUAACAGUGAACUGUAAUAUGCCUUUCAUUGUAUGAACUACAUGUGUGUGGAUCAAUUUUCUGGAUAUUUUUAAAAAGUGAAUCUAGAUAAACUUCAGUUUCAGGAACUCAGUCAGUCUGUAAUUGAGAGUUUUUUUUUUUUACUUGGUUGACAAGGUCAAGUUUCUAGAAAACAUGACUCUUUGUAACUCAUAAAGAGCACAAACAUUGUGCAUGGUAUACAAGAAGUACAGUAUGUAAUCUUUCAAUUUAUACACAUUCUGAGUAAUUUUUCUUUGUGUGUGUGAAUACAACAUUAACACACCCAUCAGAGGUGCUGACAAAUAUACACUGAUUUUGUGGCUGGUAGGCAACAUCCUUAUACUGUAUCUAUUCUAUUAGGACCAAUAAAUCUCGGUGAAUAUUCACCUUAGUCAUAAAGUUAUAGAAAUGUAGUGAUAUUUUUGUACUAAAUAUAAUGCUACUGACCUCUGUAAAUAAGAUGAUUACUGCUAGCCACUCUGUUACUUAACAUCAGCUUGUGUAUUUAGUUCCUGAUUAUCUGGAGCCAUAAUGAAAAACAUGAAAUAAUAUUAUAUUCACAAUAGAAGAUGAAAGUGACUAGAUCCUGAAGCUGUGAGCAUGUGAUAUAUAGACUGUGUAAAAUAUAUGAGCCCUCUACACAAAAUUAUUUAUGGGAACAUCUCAGAUGGUGCAGAUGAUGCUAUGGUACAUGGACACUCACUUGUAAAAUAACAGUAUUUGUUAUUAUUUCUUAUGAGAUAUUUCUUGUAUAGUGUGCCAUCAGGAAAAUGCUGGUAUAAGAUAUAAUUUAUCUGUGAAUGUACUUAGUUCUCAUGUAUGUAAGAUGUAUGGACAGUGUAUAAAGUGAUAAGAAUCAUGGGGCUCAUACCAUACAUUUUCAUUCUGCUACUUUAUUGUGCUUUUAAAACAAGUAUAUUUCUCUUUGUGCCAAGGGAACAAAAAUAUUUGUAACAAUGAAUCCAUUAAUACAGAAACACAUAGGUUACUUCUGAUGGUAUAUAUUAUUGAUCAUUAGUAUUUGGACCUUUUGAGGAAUAUUUCACCUGUUCUUAGUGUUAUCAUUUUAUGACAGUAAAAGAAUACCUUUUAAAUCUUAUAAGUAUAUACCAAGGUAAAGCUGAUUCUCAUGUCUUAGUGACUAAACCUUUAAUACAGUUCACUUUCUUCAUGGUAUGAAGCAUAAAUCUUCUUACACUAUUCUUAAGAUCCACUACCAAGCGGCCUCCCCUUUCCUCCACCUCCCAGCUCAGGACUGAUACAACUUGUUUGAUAAAGGAUUCAGUCCCAUUCCCAUUUCUCUUAUAUUAUCACAUUAUGUAACUUAAAAUAGAGCUUUAUCAUGUUUAAUAAAACACAUUGAAAAA